AUGUUUUCAAAGCUUAAGAACUUUUCAGAGGAUGUGUUAAAUAAUUUGUCAGACCCAACACAGAAUCCACAAUCAACUAGGCAAAACGAAUCUUACACUCAAUUAGAAAGAAGUGCCAAAAUAUUAGCCACAGAGACACCAGACGCAUCACAAUUGACACAACCAAAGGACGAAGAUAUGUCAGAAACAGCAUCUUCUGCUGAACCUGAAUCAAAAGUAACCACCCCAGUGCCAACACCAGGUCCUGAAUCCACUUCGAAAGAAACUACCCCAGCACCAUCGAGUGGCACGACUUCUUCUGGAGAAGUAACCACUAAUACUACUCUGAGAAGAAGCACUGACACUGAAAAUGAUAACCUUCCACAACCUAUUAGAUCCAAGUUGAAAAAAUUUGCAAAGUAUGAAGAAAAAUAUCCCGUUUUGUUAGAUGCUUAUAAAGUGGAAAAGAAGAAGAAUGAGAUAAUUAAAGUAUUCGAGAAACUUUUACAGGAAAAUACCCCUAUAAGUUCGAUUUCAGAAGGAAGAGCAUUGGUAGAGUAUUUAGAAGGUUUGAAUGAAAAGACAAAGAUGUUGAAUACUGAGAUCAGGAAAUUGACCAAAGAUAAUAAUAGCAUGAGUUUUAAAAUUAUCAAAUUAGAAGAGAGCAACAAAGAUAUGACUAACGAUCUUAAGGAGUUGCAAAAAGUGAAGAAGGAAAAUGACGUAUUAGUGAAGAAACUCGAUGGAAUGAGUGAUGAGUUGGAAAAGAUCAAUAACACUAAUGAUAAAUUGAAUCAAGACAUCGACGAGAAAAGCAAUAAAUUGAAUACUUUGAACCAAGAGGUUAAAGAGAAGACAUCUGAAAUUAGUAAAUUAAAGUCUGAAUUAACCGACAAAGAACGUGAAAUUGCUUUAUUGAAAGAAACGCGACCAGCUGAAGUUGAAACUACAGAACCUGAAGCUGAAGAUACUGCCGAGUCCAAGAGUGAAUCAAAUGAAAUAAAAGACACUGAAAAAGAAUCAAUACCUGAUGUCAACGAAGUCUCACUUCCAUCUACGGACUCUACAAUUUCAGAAUUGAAGAAUCAGUUGUCAGACAAAGAAAAUGAAGUUCAAGAAUUAAGUGGAAAAAUAUCCACCUUAAGAGAAGAACUACAGGACAAGAAGGACGAAAUUGAAGACUUAAGGGACCUGGUCAAAGAUAUCGGUAACGAAUUAGUCACUUAUAAAACCGAGUUGAAAGAAUUGAAGGAAAAGGAGCAAUCCAAUACUUCAGUAAGUUCUGCCACCGAAUUGGAGUCGUUAACGUUGAAAGUCAAGAAUUUGGAAUCCAAAUUUAGCUCCAAGUCCAAAGAGAACAAAGAUUUACAAGAAAAAUUAAAAUCUGCUAUCCAAAAGUCAGAAGAAAAUGAUGCUGUCAGCAAGAAAUCAGAGGAUCAACUUCGAAAACAAAUUCAAGGGUUGAACAAGAAAUUAAAGACCACAGAAGAAAAACUAGAUUCCAAAACAAAAGAACUUGAUAACAUACUCGAGGAGAAAUCAAAAUUAGACAAGAGAAUUAGUGAACUUUCCAAGUUUAAAACCAAUGAUUCCGCAUUGAAAUUGGAGAUUGCUUCUUUGAAAACUACUAUAACCCAUAAGGAUAAUAAUAUCAAUGAUUUGAAAGGUAAAAUUGAAGAAUUACAAUCUUCUGGAAAGACAUUGACUGCAAAAAUUGAUCAGUUAACAAAGAGUAAUAAUGAUAUGCAAUCCAACUCUAUGUCCUUGUUGAAGGACAAAAAUGAAUUAUUAACUAAACAAGAAGUAUUGAUGGAUAAUUCGAAAUCAUUAAACGCACAAUUGACCAAAUUACAACAAGAGAAACAACAGGUAUUGAAUGACUUAGAAAAGACAAAGACUAAGUUGGAUAAUGUUCUUGCAGACAAAUCCAAUUCUGCUAAUGAUAUAUUAUCGUAUAAGAAACAGCACGAAGAAAUUAUGAUGAAGUCAAAAGAAUACAGUUUGCGCAUUGAGAGCUUAGAAGAUGACUUAACUGAGGCAAGAAACAUGUUGCAAGAAAGAACAAGAGAAACAUCGAACAUGAGAAGAUUGUUGAUUGAUGCUGAAGAGAUGUUAAAACAACAAAAACAAGAGUCGAAGGUCGAGAUUGCAAGUAUCUUGGAUGACAAGAAUGAACUAGAAAGAUCAAAUGUAUCUAUUGUCAAAAGAAAACAACGCGAAAUUGAUGAAUUGAAAGAACUGAUUCAGGACUAUAAAGUAAAGAUAGAAAACUUAGAGAGUAAAUUAUCUGUUUUGCAGACUGGUACACAAGCAUCUAAGGACAUAGAUACGGAUGACCAAAAUGAAAUGGCUAAAGAGAUGACCUCGACAAUUGAUACAUUAAGAACCGCAUUAAACAAUUCCAGCAUCAAGAUAAAGGAACUUGAAACUUAUAAUAGCAACUUGAAGAAAUUAAAUGAAGAUAAUACCUUAAGAUUCGAAAGAUUGUCCAAAAACUUCAAGAUGUUAAAUCAACAGUAUAUGAUCAUGAAAGAUAGAAAGAAUUCCUUGACAACAUCACAUGAAGAAGUCAAACAUGAAGUUUCUCCAGAAAAGAAGGAAGAACAAGCUAUGAAUAUUGCAUAUUUAAAGAAUGUUUUGUUAGGCUUUUUCCAACACAAGGAACAACGUGAACAAUUAUUACCAGUUUUGAAAACAAUUUUCCAGUUCAACAAAGAAGACGAAGAAAAAUUCUUAAUGGCAUUGAAGUAA